UUAUUGGACUCGCGAUCAGUAAUGGGCGACCUGGGAUGGAUAGCCUAUCCAAAGAACGGGUGGGAAGAGAUCGGAGAAGUCGAUGAGAACUACGCUCCCAUUCACACAUACCAGGUGUGCAAGGUGAUGGAACACAACCAGAACAACUGGCUCCAGACCAGCUGGAUUCUGAAUGAAGGGGCACAAAGGAUCUUUGUGGAGCUGAAGUUCACUCUGCGGGACUGCAACAGCCUGCCCGGAGGUCUGGGGACCUGCAAGGAGACCUUCAAUGUCUACUUCUUCGAGUCGGACGAGGAGGAGGACAUGGACGUGCGGGAGAGCCAGUACUCAAAGAUCGACACGAUCGCGGCGGACGAAAGCUUUACCGAGCUGGACCUGGGUGACCGGGUGAUGAAGCUCAACACCGAGCUGCGGGACGUGGGACCUUUGACCCGGAAGGGCUUCUACUUGGCCUUCCAGGAUGUGGGAGCCUGCAUAGCUCUGGUGUCCGUGCGGGUCUUUUAUAAGAAGUGCCCCUCGGCUGUCAGAAACCUGGUCCUGUUCCCGGAUACCGUAACCGGGGCAGAUUCCUCCCAGCUGCUGGAGGUCUCAGGCACCUGCGUCAACAACUCUAUGGCUGAGGACCUUCCCAGGAUGCACUGCAGUGCUGAGGGGGAGUGGCUGGUUCCCAUUGGGAAGUGUGUGUGCCAGGCAGGCUAUGAGGAAGUGAACGACACCUGUCAAGUCUGCCAGCCUGGAUUCUUCAGAUCAUCUGUUCAGAGUCUAAGCUGCAGCAAGUGCCCUCCAUACAGCUACACCAAACUGGAGGCAUCUACAGCCUGCCAGUGUGAGGACGACUAUUAUCGGAUGGAAACUGAUCCACCCAACAUGGCGUGCACAAAGCCCCCCUCCGCCCCCCGGAACGCCAUCUCCAACGUGAACGAGACCAGCGUGCUGCUGGAAUGGGUGGGGCCGGAGGAGACGGGCGGCAGGAAGGACGUGCGCUAUAACAUACUGUGCAGGAAGAUGGCGGCGGACUGGAGCCGGUACGAGGAGUGCGGGGGCCAGGUGCGCUACCUGCCCCAGCGGCAGGGCCUGCGGAACAGCUCUGUCAUGGUGGCCGACCUGCUCGCCCACACCAACUACACCUUCCUGGUGGAGGCCGUCAACGGAGUCUCCCAUCUCACCUCCCUGCCACGCCCGUCUGUUUCUCUCAACGUCACCACUAACCAGGCUGCUCCGUCCCCGGUCAGCGUGGUUAGGAAGGGCAAAACGGCGAAAAACAGCAUCGCCGUGUCAUGGCUGGAACCCGACCGGCCCAACGGGAUCAUCCUGGAGUACGAGAUUAAAUACUUUGAAAAGGACCAGGAGACCAGCUACACCAUCAUCAAGUCACGGGAGACGCAGGUCCUGGCCGACGGCCUGAAGCCCUCCUGCGUGUACGUGUUUCAGAUCCGCGCGCGCACCUCCGCGGGAUACGGCGGGUUCAGCCGGCGCUUUGAGUUCCAGACCAGCCCCUUCCUAGUAGCUGCAUCCAGUGACCAGAGCCAGGCUCCCAUUGUGGCUGUGUCUGUCAUCGUAGGAGUCAUUCUGCUGGCCCUCGUCACAGGCUUCCUGCUGAGCGGACGUCGUCUGGCAGUUGGAGGGUUGCCGGUUCGAUCCCCCACCCGGGCUGUUCGCUGUGGCUACAGUAAGGCUAAACAGGAUCCUGAUGAGGAGAAGAUGCACUUUCACAAUGGCCACAUAAAAUUCUCGGGGAUACGUACUUACAUUGAUCCUCACACUUAUGAAGAUCCAAACCAAGCCGUGCACGAGUUUGCCAAGGAGAUCGACGUGUCCUGCAUCACAAUCGAGAGAGUAAUAGGAGCUGGUGAAUUUGGAGAGGUAUGCAGCGGGCCUCUCAGACUCCCUGGCAAAAGAGAGGUGUUGGUGGCCAUAAAGACCCUGAAAGCUGGAUACACUGAUAAACAGAGGCGGGAGUUCCUGGGGGAAGCCAGCAUUAUGGGCCAGUUUGACCAUCCCAACAUCAUCCACCUGGAAGGUGUGGUGACUAAAAGUAAACCGGUGAUGAUCAUAACGGAAUAUAUGGAAAAUGGAUCUCUUGACACAUUUUUGAAGAAGAACGAUGGACAGUUCACGGUGAUCCAGCUGGUGGGAAUGCUGAGGGGAAUUGCGUCCGGAAUGCGCUAUCUCUCCGACAUGGGCUACGUGCACCGAGACCUCGCCGCCCGCAACAUCCUGGUCAACAGCAACCUGGUGUGCAAGGUGUCCGACUUCGGCCUGUCCCGAGUCCUGGAGGAUGACCCUGAGGCUGCCUACACAACACGGGGGGGUAAGAUUCCCAUCAGGUGGACAGCGCCUGAGGCGAUAUCCUUCCGGAAGUUCACCUCCGCCAGCGAUGUCUGGAGCUACGGCAUCGUCAUGUGGGAGGUGAUGUCGUACGGUGAGAGACCCUACUGGGAAAUGAGCAACCAGGAUGUGAUUAAGGCGGUGGAGGACAGCUAUCGGCUUCCUGGGCCCAUGGACUGCCCUGCUGCCCUGUACCAGCUCAUGAUGGACUGCUGGCAGGACGAGCGCAGCAGCAGACCCAGGUUUGAGGAGAUCGUCUGCCUGCUCGACAAGCUCAUCCGCAACCCGUGCAGCCUCAAAGCCCUCAUUAACUCCUCAAAACGGUCUUCCAAUUUAUUAGUGGAGUACGGGGCCAUAGAGAGCAAUAUCUACCGGUCGGUCGGGGAGUGGUUAGAAGCCAUAAAGAUGGGCAGAUACACAGAGCUUUUCAUGGAAAGCGGGUACACUACUCUGGAAGUGGUGACUCAAAUGACCUCAGAUGAUCUGAGGCGGGUGGGGGUGACCCUCGCUGGGCACCAGAAGAAGAUCAUCAGCAGUAUCCAGGAGACACGAGUUCAGAUGAUGAACGCUCCGGUGCAGAUCUGACCCAGUGCUACAGUAACCCAGUACUUUUUAUCAAUAUGAACUGUACUUACUGUACGGUAAUAUUUAACAAAGGGAAUUCCCUACAAACACUGAAGAGCAAGAAGAAUCUGUGUCCGCGUACGGCUCCUCAACUUUUUAGUGUUCAGGAAGAGAAAGCAGUAUGCAUACUAUGUAGACAUUUUACAAGGGUGGCACACUCCUGGACUUGAAAGUAAUGCCACUUAAUCAGUGUGGGCUGAAUGUAGUACACUUUCUCCCAGCUCAAACAGAGGAACUGACAAGUGUUGGCAAAGCAUUUUUAGUGAUCAUCCUCAGCUUUUUAGACGUUUGCCGGAAAGGUCACUUAAAAUGGAAGACGAGGUCAUCACUCUCCUGUAUUGUGUGCGAAAGCAAACUAACUAGUUUGACUCAUAGAUGCUUGUCAGACUUCUGUGUAACCAGAUACAAUCGCAAAAGGAAUGGAGUCCUAUUGUAUAUGGGAAUGUUAAAGUCAUUGCACACUUCCACA